CUUUGAUCUUAUAUCACCGAAGAGGAGAAGUAACACGACUUGCUCAGCUCCAGCUGCCUUAUCGCCUUUGACGCCCAACUUGAACAUUCGCGAUACCAACCACUCCAAUUCAACUGUCGCUGAAGGCCAGCUUUCUUGCCAAUCCGACGGCCUAGCUUCAUUCCCCACAAUAACUUCAGCUGAGACUUCCCUAAAGCAGAAGCCUAAAACUCCUGGACCACCCAAUUCUUGUGUUCCUGACCCAAUUGAACCACUAUUUGCUUCACCGUAUCCUCUCUGUCCACCAUGGACCGGAACUCCAGUUCUUCAACUUGCGAGCCUUCGUAGAGCCGCUCAACGCCAGCUGGCAGACGCCCAGAGCUUUUGGCUUUUCCGGACAGCACUGGCCAGCCACUUAGGCUUACUCGGUCUUGUGGAGCAGGUCUUUCACCUUUCUGGUCUUCCAGCAGACGCCCUGUUGCUUGAUUGGCGCACUGGGCGUGCUGAAGGCCGCGGACAAACCUUCCAACUUGCACCACCAUUUCCUCCACUCGCUGUUAUAUCGGCUCAUUCUCGUCAAUCCCCUUCAUUGCCUGCAACCGGUGGCACUACUUGGGACACUUUCAGUGGUAGCGGCCCUUCCGUCAGCUCUGAUGCUUCUGGAUUAGAGCAACAGAGGCGUGAGAGCCAUUGCCUUGCUCCUCAAGCACACAGGUCAAUUAAGUCAGAUGUCUCAAGUCUUACCGCCUCAGAUACGAACCAGGCUCAUAAUGUUAUCUCAUCAGCCGUCGAUCACGGAGACAAAGCAUCCUCCAAACGUGGCUCAACAUUUAUUUGGGUCGGACCACUUGGUAUGGCGACUGGAGGUCUUGAGAUGCCCUGUUCGCACACAAAU